AUGCCGCUGGUGAAGAGGAAUAUCGAGCCCCGGCACCUUUGCCGGGGUGCUCUUCCUGAGGGGGUGACGAGUGAGCUGGAGUGUGUCACCAACAGCACGCUGGCUGCCAUCAUCAAGCAGCUGGGAAGCCUCAGCAGGCACGCAGAGGACAUCUUUGGUGAGCUGUUCAACGAAGCCAACAGUUUCUACAUGAGGAUGAACUCACUGCAGGAGAGGGUGGACCUGCUGGUCAUCAAGGUGACGCAGCUGGACUCCACCGUGGAGGAAGUUUCAUUGCAGGACAUCAACAUGCGGAAAGCCUUCAAGAGCUCCACGGUGCAGAACCAGCAGGUCGUGUCUCGCAACUCCAUCCCCAAUCCGGUGAUGGAGAUGUACCAGCGCUGCGACAAGCCCCCACCACUCAACAUCCUCACACCCUACAGGGAUGACAAAAAGGAUGGCCUCAAAUUCUACACUGACCCCUCCUACUUCUUCAACUUAUGGAAGGAGAAAAUGUUGCAGGCAACAGAAGAUAAGAGAAAGGAGAAGCGUAGGCAGAAGGAGCAGCGGCUGGUGGAGGACUCCACCCGGGAGGUGAAGAAAGUGAGGAAAGCCCGAAACCGACGCCUGGAGUGGAACAUGAUGGCGUAUGAUAAAGAGUUCCGACCAGAUAACAGGUUCUCACCAUCCCCCUAUCACAUGGCGUCAUCGGAAGGAUCACUGUCCCCAGAUAAUAGAUCUUAUGCAUCAGACGCAGCCGACCACUCGUACCCAGCGAGUCCCAACCACCCCGCGCAGCUGCUGGCCCCAGCGGAGCACAAGGAGGGGGUGCUGGUG